AUGAGGCGUAACUCGGAAUACAGGGAGGCGGGUCCUCCCCUGGAUCUCUGCGUUCCCAUCACCGAGGAGAAGGACAUCGAGAUCGUCUUCACACACAACAUCGGCGACGAGACAUAUCCGGAGAAGUACACCCAGCAGACGCAGGCCGUCAUGGGAGCAGAGUCGUUCACGUCCACCCAUACCGACGACGAGUCCAGCAGCGUGAGCAGCGACCCCGAGAAGCCGGCCAUGUCCAAGGCGCGAAGCAUCGCCCUCGUCACAACAGUCAGCGGCGCAAGCUUCAUGAACACCCUCUCAGUACAGGCCGUCGUCAUCAUCCUCCCGACCAUCGGCCGCGACAUCGGCAUCCCGGAAUCCCGCCUCCAGUGGAUCGUCUCGGCCUACUCCCUCGCCUUCGGCUGCUUCCUCCUGCUCUGGGGCCGCAUCGCCGACAUCUACGACAAGCGCAUCAUCUUCAUCGCCGGCACCGCCUGGCUCGCCGCCACCACCCUCGCCAACCCCUUCAUCCCCAACGAGAUCGCCUUCAACCUGUUCCGCGGCCUGCAGGGCCUCGGCGCCGCCGCCAACGUGCCCACCGCCAUCGGCAUCCUGGGGACGACCUUCCCGCCGGGCAAGACGAAGACGUACGCCUUCGUCGCCUACGGCGCCGGCGUGCCCCUUGGGAGCGUCUUCGGCACCAUCCUCUCGGGCUUCAUCGCGCAGUACGCCAGCUGGAAGUGGGUGUUUGGCGUCAUGGCCCUCCUCGCCGGUCUCGUCGCCGUUGCCGGCUGCUUCUUCAUCCCGCCCGUCGCCCCGACAGUGGUAGCAGCAGCGCCGAACGAGGCGAAGGCCCCCGGCGCCAGCAAGUUCAAGUCCGUCGACUGGAUCGGCGGCGGCCUCAUCACCGUCGGCCUCUUCGCGCUGAUGCUGGCCCUGACCGAGGGCAACGUGGUCGGCUGGCGGACGCCCUGGAUCCCCGCCCUCAUCGUCGCGUCCCUCGCCGUCAUCGCCGUCUUCUGGUUCUGGCAGCGCCACCUCGAGUUCAAGACGGACCGGCUGCCCCUGAUGAAGACGUCCAUCUUCCACAGCGGCAAGUUCUGCGCCGCGCUCGCCAUCAUGGGCCUCUUCUUCGCCUCCUUCAACAACUUCCUCAUCUUCGCCACCUACUUCUACCAGGACUACCAGGCCAAGUCCAUCCUCACGACGACGCUGUACUUCUUGCCCACGGGCAUCGGUGGCAUCCUCGUCGCCUGGGCCGCCGCCCUCUUGAUCUCGCGCGUGCCGACCUACAUCCUCCUCGUCUGCGGCAACGUCUCCGUCUCCAUCGCCUGUCUCCUCUUCGCGACGCCGAUCCCGACGAGCACGUCCUACUUCGCCUACGGCUUGCCCGCCAUGCUGCUGUCCGUCAUCGGCGCCGACAUGGCGUGGCCCACACUCAUUUUGUUUGUCUCCAAGGCGCUGCCUCAAGAGGACCAGGCCCUCGGCGGCGCGCUCGUCAACUCGGUCGGUCAGGUCGGCCGGUCCAUCGGCCUCGCCAUCUCCACGGCCGUCCAGACGGCCAUCAUGGCCAAGGCCAGGGGCGUCUCGGUCGAGAACGCGGGCCCCGUGGAGGAGUGGGACCAGCCCUCGUUGGACGGUCUCCGGGCGGCCAACUGGAUGAACUUUGCCCUCGGCAUCACUUCCCUUACCAUUGUCGUAUUAUUCUUCCGCAGCUCAGAGAUUGUGGGGAGGGCCGAGCCGGCGCCAAGGAAGAGGGCGUCGGAUAUUGAAGACGGCGUCGUGACCCGCAGUGAGAUUAUUGUGGAUAAAGACUAG